AUGGUCAAUGGCAGAGUCCAGCCCACGAGGCCGGGGCCAGUGACGGUGCCGCCGUGCCCCGCUGCCCCGGGGCUCCUGCAGCCGCCUGUGCACGCUGCCCAGGCCCGGCUCUGCCGCUCGCCAGCCCGGCGGCUGCGGAGCAGGGGCCGCUGCCCGGCGCGCAGCAGGGAGCAGACCGGUGAGUGGCCGCGACGGCCGGGCGUGGGACGAGGGGCAGCGCUGGGGAGGGGCAGGGCCGGAGCUCAGCCCUCCUCUCUCCAUGGCUUGCAGGUGGCCAUCAAACGCGUGUCCCGGGAGAGCGUCCUGCAGUGGGACGAGCUGCCCGACGGCACCCGCGUGCCCAUGGAGGUCGUGCUGAUGGAGAAGGUGGGCUCCAGCUGCUACAACAUCAUCCAGCUCCUCGACUGGUUCGAGCUGCCUGACAGCUUCGUGCUGGUGCUGGAGCGUCCGGAGGCAUGGCAGGAUCUCCUGCAGCUCCUGCUGGAGCAGGAGUUCCUGUGCGAGGAGAUGGCGCGCUGGCUUUUCGUCCAGGUGCUGGAGGCCGUGCGGCACUGCACCGCCUGCGGCGUCCUGCACCGGGACAUCAAGCCGGCGAACCUCCUCGUGGACCCGGAGAGCGGCGACCUGAAGCUCAUCGACUUCGGUUGCGGCACCUUCCUCCAGGAGCGGGCCUACACGCGCUUUGCCGGAACGCACGCCUACAGCCCGCCCGAGUGGGUCUGCCUUGGCUGCUACGACGGCCAUGAAGCCACCGUUUGGUCCCUGGGCGUGCUGCUGUACGUCAUGGUCUGCGGGAGACUCCCCUUUGAGGACGACCAUGCCAUCCUGCUGGGGCAGCCCUUCUUCUGGCAGCAGGUCUCUCCAGAGUGCCAGCAUCUGAUCCGCUGGUGCUUGACCAAGCACCCCGCUUACAGGCCACAGCUGGAGGAGAUCUUGCGCCACCCUUGGGGCCGGCUGGUGUCAGGGACAGAGACGUCUCCUCUCCAAAGCUCUGUGAAGAACCAGAAGCAGCAGAACGUCAUUUCAGGUUGA